UUUUUUUUUUCCCUGCUGCCCCUCUGUCCAUCACCCUGGGGAGCCGAGCAGCCUUCCUGGGAAGCGGGUGCCGCGGGGCUGAGACCUGCAGCAAGGCAGGGAUGGAGGGGUCGGGUCAGCCUUGGGCUAGCCGCUCCCUUGGGAUUCAUCCCGCUGUCAUUCACGCCAGAACAGUCAGCUCGCAUUUUCAAGGCACCAGCUUGUGAGAUGUGUAAAGAUUCGUGUUUCUUUUUCCUGUGAUUUCUGCCAUUAUGGGCAAAUUUUAUCUUUGAAUCAAGGUAUAACAACAACAACAAAAAAAGAACCCAACCGAAAUGUAGUGUCUAAGCAAAAAGGCUAGCUGUGAUUCCUCGUUGGAAAUGGGUUUAGCUCCAGCCAGGGGAGCAGCUGUGUCCCCCUGCCCCGCCGGGACGUUACCCACAGUGCUGCGGCUGGUCGAAGGGGUGAUGUGCCCGCUCUCAGCGACUGGAGUUUUAAAAUAAACCAAAAUUGACAGCAGGGGAAAGAAACCACCGCAACCACUGGAGCUAAAUCCACCUGUGACCAUUAAUCAGGCCCCUAAAAAUAUAUUGCUGUGUUUAAUCCCAAACCACAAAUUUACUGACUAAAGAAUUAUCGGAAUAAAUACUUCUAACAGUAAGGACCAUUUAAAUCACUCAUAUAUACCAGCAGACCUCAAAAAGUGCUCCAAAGGCACUUUUUUUCUCACGGACCAAAUUAAGCCUGCCAACAAUAGCCUUUUUUCCUUAACUACCUUUCAGGAGUAACUAGCACAAAUACCUCUCACCCCACACAUGACCCAACUUUGGUAAAAACUGCCAGUUUCCAAAGAAACAUUUCAAAUAACGUAAAAGAGAUUUCCUAGCUCAAAAUCCUUUCUGGUUGGUGAACACCAGCUGACAGGGCACAAAGUAGCAGUAAAAAUACUCAACAGACAGAAAAUACGCAGCCUGGAUGUGGUUGGGAAGAUCAAACGAGAAAUUCAAAACCUUAAACUCUUCCGGCACCCUCAUAUUAUCAAACUGUACCAGGUCAUCAGCACGCCAACAGACUUCUUCAUGGUCAUGGAAUACGUAUCUGGCGGUGAAUUAUUUGAUUACAUCUGUAAGCACGGACGUGUUGAAGAGGCAGAAGCUCGACGCCUUUUCCAGCAGAUUCUCUCCGCGGUGGAUUACUGCCACAGACACAUGGUUGUCCACCGAGACCUGAAACCAGAGAACGUGCUGCUCGACGCACACAUGAAUGCAAAGAUAGCCGAUUUUGGAUUGUCCAACAUGAUGUCAGAUGGCGAAUUUCUACGCACCAGCUGUGGUUCCCCAAAUUAUGCAGCCCCUGAAGUCAUCUCAGGAAGGCUGUACGCUGGCCCGGAGGUGGACAUCUGGAGCUGCGGCGUUAUCCUCUACGCCCUUCUCUGUGGCACUCUGCCUUUUGACGACGAGCACGUCCCCACCCUCUUCAAGAAGAUCCGCGGAGGUGUGUUUUACAUCCCCGAAUACCUCAACCGCUCCGUUGCCACUCUCCUUAUGCACAUGCUGCAGGUUGACCCCCUCAAGCGAGCAACCAUCAAGGACAUCAGGGAACACGAGUGGUUUAAGGAGGAGCUGCCCAGUUACCUGUUCCCAGAGGACCCUUCAUAUGAUGCCACCGUCAUCGAUGACGACGCGGUUCGGGAAGUUUGUGAAAAGUUUGAAUGCACGGAGUCGGAAGUGAUGAACAGCCUGUACAGCGGUGACCCUCAGGACCAGCUGGCGGUGGCUUACCACCUCGUCAUCGACAACCGGAGGAUCAUGAACCAAGCCAGCGAGUUCUACCUCGCCUCCAGCCCCCCCACCGGCUCCUUCAUGGACGACAGCGCCAUGCACAUCCCUCCCGGGGUGAAGCCACACCCCGAGCGGAUGCCGCCACUGAUAGCGGACAGUCCCAAAGCACGAUGUCCUUUGGAUGCCCUCAACACCACGAAGCCAAAACCCCUGACUGUCAAAAAGGCCAAGUGGCACCUGGGAAUCCGCAGCCAGAGCAAACCCUAUGACAUUAUGGCCGAGGUGUACCGUGCUAUGAAGCAGCUGGACUUCGAGUGGAAGGUGGUGAACUCCUACCAUCUCAGAGUGCGCCGUAAGAACCCAGUGACAGGCAAUUAUGUGAAGAUGAGCCUGCAGCUGUACCAGGUUGACAACCGCAGCUAUCUCUUGGACUUCAAAAGCAUCGAUGACGACGUGAUGGAGCAGAGGUCCGGCUCGUCCACUCCGCAGCGCUCCUGCUCUGCUGCCGGCUUGCACCGGCCGAGGCUGAGCAUCGAUGCCGCCGCAGCCACCGAGUGCCAGUCGCUGAUGGGCUCUCUCAGCGGCUCCUUCGUCGGCAGCAUCCCCUCGGUGGCACCGCGCCUGGGGAGCCACACCAUGGACUUCUUCGAGAUGUGCGCCAGCCUGAUCAUGGCCCUGGCUCGCUGACGGGCUUCACCAAGGCACCAGUCCCUCCGCACACGGUAUUGCACUGUGAGGAUCUGGUCCGACUUGUCCGUUCCUUGUUUCUGCUCCUUUGUUCCUCCUCCUCUGCCCCUCACCGCUCCAUAGCCUGCGACACAGAGCCGAUUCCAGACCCAAAACAUACUUCCCUCUAACAAGGCUCUAAGGAAAUUAAGAAUAACUUCAUUUCACUCAUUAUACCAUGGUGAAAUGUAUCCAAUACCCCUUUUUCCCUAGUGAACCGAAUGGGAAAUUUUGGCAUGGCUGUAAAGUAGCAAAUGUAUCGUUGAGUUUUUGGAAAACGCCUUCCCCCUGCUUCAUCCUGAGUUAACGGAGCCACGGCCAAGCUUUCUGCGAUGUAGGUAGCGUGCAGUGAGGUUGAUGUUGUAUCCCCUUUGCUGUGCAGAGCAGGGGCAGGAUGGGCUGAGCCAGGUCAGAGGGGUCGACCAGGAGCUACACGAAACAGAGCGGAGGGGUAAUGAAGUAGCUCUGCAGCGUCUGCACCCGGGUGCCGGCAGGGCUGCCGGCCUCUCGGAACACUUCCCUCCUAAAACUAGCAGCUGCUUAGACGCUUCUGCACUAGUGCAAUACGCUAUCCCUCCCCUCUGUUUUUUUUCCCUUGCUAAAGAUGGGGAGGGAAGGUGGGAUGUGCAAAGGUCCUGUUGCAAACGUGCUGUGGGAAAGCCUCCACGUGUCAAGUCUUUGCAGAGGAGCGUCCCAUAAGGUGCUUUAUUUCCUCCUCCCGAGAGCCCCGGACGGCACUGACCUGCUCACCACGUUCAAAGGUGAAGGCUGCUUGCCUUUUCUCCAGCCCUUAAUCGUCGCCCCCUCCUCCAACCCGCUCACCCUCCCCUGCUGCACCGCCAGCUCCAGGGGCCGAAUCCCAAGCAGGAUUCCGAUGAGCCACCAACGGAGGGCAGGAUGCCGAUGAGGCCCCUGAAAACCCAGCCCUUUGCCCACACUUCGCCCAAGGGUGGGGAUCAUCACUGCUGGGCGAGAGCCAGCAGCAUCGCGCAGCUCCGAAGCAUUUACCUCUCACCUUUCCCGUAGGAAUCCUUCUUCACCCGUUGUCACCACUCUAAAAUCGCUGCCAAAAUCUGCCUUCCCCACUUGCAGCUUCGCGCUGCCGGAGACUCGCUUUUCAUGCCGAAGGGCUCUCCUGUCCCACUGCUGCUCACCGGACUGUGACCUUCACCACUCCGCUGAUAAGGCAGGGAUAUCUGAAUACAAAGUUUUACUGUUUCUUUACUACUGGCUAUCUGAAGGACAGGAUUUUAUUUUUUAAGACAAACUAUGGGAAUUUUUAAGGUUAAAUUCUCGUUAUUCAAGGGUGAACUCUAAUGCAUGUGUGACUUCUUUGUUUAAAAGAGUUAUUAUUUUUGAUUACGUAGGCUUAAUCUAAUGGGCAGCGUUGGCAUCUGCUUGGCUUUGCUAUGGUAUUUAAUUCCAUUUACUUGAUUGCGAAGGAACGUAAUAGUCUAAUCAGUUGAGGAACAAAUGCUUUAUGAAAACCUCACCAAAAAAAUCCUGGGUGGGUUUUUUGGUUUGUUUUUUUUGUUGUUUUUUUGUUUUAAGAAACAAAGCAAAAGAGAGCUUUUGCCAGUCCCAGGUAUGCAGUCAUUCAACUUUAAAAAAAAAAUUUAAUCCAUCUUUUCGAUAGCUUCUUAUGACCCAACAAGGUUUUUUGCAAGGUUUUUUUGUACAGUUGCACUUUAAUUUAUACUUUCUGCAAGUUUCUAUGAGAAACAAGAGACCGACACAUUAAGCCUUUUGUACUAAUCAUUUUAGGUAAUGAAGACAAAUACGGGAUAUUUUUGCCAUCUACUGGCAGUUAAAUGGACAUUUUCAGCUUGAAGUCCCUUUUUUUUAAAAACACAAAAUUGCCUUACUUUUGUUACAGAUUACGCUUGGAUGCUCACUAACGUGACUUUACAGUUCCAAUUUUUCCAGAAGCCGCACAAAGUAGAAAGCUUCCAAAAAAAUAAAAAAAAAAGUUUUGCUGUUAAGUUCUCGUAUGCUAAAUCCAACACAGCAGUGGCUGGAUUAUAAACCUGGCAGCAGAACAAUUUUGUUUUUAAAAGAAAUACUGGAAAGAUUUGUAGUACUCCUAGGUUUUGUAACGAGCUUUUUAUUAUAUUAUCAUUAUUAAAUAAAUACUCUGGGGUGGAGGAUGGCUUUGGUACUGUGCCUGGUGGCUAUCAGAUGAUGCGCGACUCCAGUGCUGUAGUGUAAGCAGGUCCUACCUGGCGAGGAUGGAGAAUCCAGACUCCUGCAUGCAAAAAAACCCACCCCAGAGCCAAAGCUGAGCAGCACCCAGCUCUUUAGCAGCUUUCGGAUCACUGCUGAGACACGAGCAAAUGCUGAGCAAACAGCCCCAAAUGGUUUUGGGUGCUGGAGAUUAGCCCCUUUGGAAAGGAGCAGGAGAGGGCGGCUGGGCGGCCGUAGGGACAGACAUUCAUUUCCAUCCAGGAAACAGCUGCGAGUGUCUAUACACCCGCCGGGAAAUGUAUUUGAAAUGUAAAAGGCUGUUUAAAUCGUCACUCACAACUGAGCAUCUUGCCAAGUCGCUUGUCCUGGAAACACCUGUAGCCCAGUCGAUAAGGGGCUGGUGCGUUAGAUAUAAUCUGCGGUUCAGAAACAGGUAGAUGUACAGAUGUCUUGCCUUAAAAUGACACUUGUCCUCUGGGAUUUCCUACCCAGCAGAACUAAUAGUACUAAGCAGCAGCAAAUGCCCUUGGGAGGAAAUAUUUGCUUCCUGGAGGCGGGUGGGAUUUCUAGGUGGUAGAAUAAGCCCUUGUGGCACUUGGCAUCUUAGCGGACCCAUGCAGAUGUUAACUCAUAUAUGGAUCUGCAGAUGUUAACUCAUAUAUGGAUCUGCAAAACCAGUCCUGCCUCAAAGGCUGUAAGAGCGGCUCAGUUUUCCAUAUGGAGAGACGCAAAGAGACGAAGCAACUUCCUUGCUCGAUGUCAGCAGAGGCAGUGGAGCGAGCAGGACUGAUGGAAGUACCUCCGUGAUGAAUGCAUCGGGUUAAACCGUCCAUUACAGCCUUACCCAAAUCCACGCUGCAUUUUGAAAUAUUCUGAGAAGUUUCACUUCUUUUUUUUUUUUUUUUUUUUAAAUUUCUUUUACCUUCAGAUAGGCUGUUUUCUGGUUCCCAGCUGCAAAGAAGCUGCUGACCUCCGGUUACGUUUUCCAGAGGAAAAGUUUUAACUUUUACACUGUUACACUGUGGUCAGGUUUUUUCAGUUAUGCUGGUACAUGCACAAGCAUCAGGAAAAGCAGGGUAGACAUAUUUGAACUACAGAAACUUGAAUUACUCCAAGUGCAAUUCUUCAGAAGCCACUGGACAGCUGUGCUUUGCAAGCUGCAAACUCACCCAAACUUUGCUUCAGCCCAAUGGGGAGAGAGAGACAAAAUGCAAAGAAUAUAGAGUUCGGAUAGGCUCCAGCAUUAACCUCCAGCUCCUGGAUGAGUUAAUUCAGAAAUAGCUUGUACUGUACUAGUUGGCAAAUAUAUAUCUAUGUAUAUAUGAUAUAUGUAUACAUAUAUAUAU